CUCAGAUCGUGCGCCCGAUCGGCGCGACCUAACCUCAAAUUCGACCGCACCGCUGGUCAGGGAACGCGUCGCGUUCUCGCUCGCGGGCAACAACUCGGGCGUUAUCAGACGAUAUGGCGGUAUCUUUACGAUAGCUCGCGUCGUCAAAGCACGCGGAUGAUGGCCGACCUGGAGUAUGCACGGCUGUAUCUCAGCCUGCAACUCAAUGAGGCAGUCUGUUGGUGGUGCUACUACAUCCGCGAGAUCUCGUGGCAGCUGCUGAUUGCCUUGUUGGCGUAUCUCUGCGUCUAUGUCUUCCUUUACGUGGUCCUUAAGCGGGUGGACCACGUGGCUUGGCAGCUGCCACCUGGCAGGCUCCUCCUGGUCACUGCUCAUCCGGACGACGAGGUGAUGUUCUUCGGGCCGCUGGUCUAUUGGGUGACUCGCUCCAAAACUAGCGAGAUUUACCUGCUGUGUUUAUCUAUGGGUGGGGACAGAAGAAGGAUAGACGAGCUAUGGGAAUGUACAAAGGUGCUGGGAAUCCCAGAGGCUAAUGUCACGAUCAUAAUGAGCGGUGAGCUGCCAGAUGAUCAGCAUGUACAAUGGCCAACGCAAAUGGUUGCAGAGAACAUUCUGCAGUACAUAGAAAUGUAUAAGAUUAAUGCCGUUGUGACGUUUGAUAAAUAUGGAGUAAGCCGGCACAAGAAUCAUAUCUCCUUGUAUUUCGCGAUCGCCGCGUUGUGCAUAGAAAAAAAAGUACCUCCUUAUUGUAAGCUGUAUGUGUUAGAGUCCGUUAAUCUAAUCAGGAAAUACAUUCAGCUUUUAGAUUUACCCAUCAGCCUACUCUCGGCCUCGUACUGGUAUCUGGUGACGUACGAGCAGAAGCAAACAAUCAAAAGUGCCAUGGCCGCGCACAAGUCCCAAUACGUUUGGUUUCGAAAAUUGUACAUGAUCUUUUCGCGAUAUACAUUCAUCAAUACCCUUCAAGAAGUCAGUGCUCUUGAUUUGGAGCUGGAUCUCCAGUUUGACGAGGACUGAAUAGUUAUGCCAAUGAACAGAGAACAAAAUAUGUAAUUAAUAAUCACUGUAUAUAUAAAAUAUGUAAUUAAUGAUCAAUGUACAUACUUUGUCUACCAUGUUAAUUAUAUGAAAUAAAAACUGCGUACCAAAGCUA